AUGCGACUAUUACUGCGACAACAGCAACAACAGCAGAAAUGGCGGACACUGCCGGCUUCAUUUCGUGCAUGUUCGUCUCUUUCCGAAAGGCUACACCGAGAUUUGACAUCACGACAGCUCCCCUUGACUUUUGACUAUCUACAUCCCCAGCCGUCAUACCUCCUGAGCUUAACUCUGGCCGAACUCCUUCCCACGCUAACCCCAGCGCCAAAUGAGCUUCCUUCCGCACACAGCAGAUCUCCCGUGCCAGCAGGCCACCACCUAGUCUACUUCCCUCCCCAGGUCACAUUGCCGCAGAUCCUUCCAGACGGUACGGACACCUUACAUGCCCCCGGGAGUCCCUUUGAUAGGCGCUUGUGGGCUGGUGGGAGUGUCAGGUUCUCCACCCCGAAAGGCCUGGUUCUAAAUGGCAGCCGAGCCGUUUGUAUCGAAACUAUUCGUGACGUGGUAAUGAAGGGCCGGUCAGGCGAAGAAAAGGUUAUGGUCAGGAUUGAAAGGCGGAUCGGCACAGUUCAAGAGGGCGAAGACCAUCGCGAUAUAAAAGAGCGGAUAUGGAAGGAAACCGAGGAAGACGUUGGCGAUGCUUGUGUCAUUGAGACCAGGAAUCUAUUGUUUAUGCGCAAGAAAACUCCCGAGCAACUAAGUCAUGACAAGGCUGGUUUUGACACGGAAAACAGGGCUAUAAAAUGUGCGAGCUACCUCGAAGAUUACCAUAAGUUACAAUUGACUGUCACACACAUUGAGUAUAGGAACAUAGCUCCUCUAUAUGUUGAUGAAGAGUUAGCAGUAUGCGGCAAACCCAAAUCGGGAAAGGGCUACACAACCUGGGAUGUUUGGAUUGAGGGUAAGGACGGACGACUUGCCUUUUGGGCUGCUCCUCCUGUUACUAGAACACUCACUGCACUUACCUUUCUACAGUCUAUACUAGUACAUGGUGGCCUUCUCAGCGGUUACUAUGUACUGUUCCUUCGCCGCCUUAUCUUCAAGACACUACCAGAGAUAUGGAGGCUGUUCUCGCCGUUCAUGAUCACUGGACCAGGCCUUUCCCUGAUCUUUGAUCUCUACUUUAGUAUGGCUUUUGCGCUCCGCCUGGAGACUGAAUCUCCCCGGUUCAGUGCACCUGGUGAUUUUUUCACUUAUGUGUUCUUCGUAGCAUCCAUCAUCAUGGUAAGUUCGUUGAUCCUGGCAUUCGUUUACACGUUUUCCCAAGACAACCGAGGAAGAAAGGCGAGCUUUUUCAUUGUCCAAAUACCCGUCGAGUUCUUGCCUUGGGCAAUGCUCACAUUAACGCUGGUCGUUUCCGGAUGGCCUGCGGCGUUGAGGGACGGCAUGGGCAUAGUUGCUGCCCACUUCUACGAUUUUCUUACCCGUAUAUAUCCAACUUUCGGAGGUGGUAAGAAUUACCUCGUCACUCCAGCGUUUGUGAGGCGGUUCUUUGCUGCCCGCACGCCGCGGGGCGAAGCUCGCGCAUUUGGGACCGCCUACCGUGCGACGGACCAAACACAGGGUUCUUCGGGAAGCUGGACUUCAUCCUUUCAGAGCCCUUGGAGCAGAAGAGGGCCAGGAAGAAGACUUGGUGGUGACUGA